ACUCUGGCGAUAUGGCUCAGAUUAUGUUGUAAACACUAUUUACUAUUCGAAUUUUCGGCCUGCUCUGGGUCCACUGCAUAAGCAUCGGACAUCAUAAUCUUAAAUCGAACCACUUUACAAUUAAACAGCUUAAAAAUGCCCCCGGCCUUUGUCUAUGUCCAUGAACUAACUCCGAUUGUGUCCUGCUCAUCUCAGCCACCCUGAUGGCCACACUGUCCUAUUCAUAACAAAGGAAGAGCUACGUCAUACAUAUGUCCAAAAUUAGGCCCAGAACAUCGAAGUGACGCAGAUCAUUCAUGUGCCAAACGAGUCCCCGCGUGUUCAUCUAGCCUCUGAUCGGACUCGGAACCCCCUCCUCAUGGCCAGUACCACGCCCCGUCAUCUAGCGCCCUCCCCGCACGCCGUGUCCCCGCCCUCGGCUGGAGGCCAUUCACGGUUGGGUUUGGCUGAUGGCUGGGGCGUCAUCACUUCCUUACGUUUCAAUCAGGAUUUCGGAGGCUUCUCGGCCACUUUACAAGACACGCCUGGCGGUGUGGGCCCGGUUCGAGGCGGGUUCCGCCUCUUUAAUGUGGAUCCCAUCCGGGAAUUGGCCCAUGUGCCCUCUGCCCAGGUGGGUUCCAUCGUUCGAGCCGAGAUGCUUCAUCGCACCAAUUUGAUCGCCUUGAUCCCCUCAGGCCUGCCCACGCCCCAUGGACCCGUGUUUGCCGAGAAUACCGUCAUGAUAUACGAUUGCGAAAAGAAAACCAUGCGCGUCGAGUUCACUUUACCCGAAAAGGUCCUCUCGGUUCGAGUCAAAAGGGAUAAACUCAUCGCUGUGUGCCGAUUUAGCAUCACGGUGUUCAGCUUUCCUAAUCGUUGUCAAACGCUCUUCACCAUUUCCACCCGGGACAAUCCCCGCGGGUUAUGCGAGGUCAGUCCCAUGCGAUCUUUGUCGUCCUCUGACUUAGAGUUCAUGGCUUUCCCGGGCUACAAAACGGGCAGUGUUCAAUUAAUCGAUUUGGCCACGACCGAGCAACACGUCUCAUCGGCUCCGGUCACGAUCAAUGCUCAUCAAAGUCAAUUGUGGUGCCUGGCCAUCAAUCAACAGGGAACGAUGAUUGCCACCGCCAGUGAGAAAGGUACCUUAAUCCGCAUUUGGGAUGCGGCCAAACGUCAGAUGUUGGUUGAGCUUCGCCGUGGCACGGAUCAGGCGCGAUUGUACUGCAUAAACUUUUCCGUGUCCAACGAAUGGUUAUGUUGUUCUUCGGACAAGGGAACAGUUCAUAUAUUCGCCUUGCAGAAUUACAGUUUGAACAAGCGAUCCAAUUUCUCGAAAUUCGGUUUACCAGGAGCGUAUGCCGGAUCCCAAUGGUCAUUGGCCAGUUUUACUGUUCCCCAAGAGGUGGCUUGCAUCUGCGCAUUUGGCCCGCAGGAUACGAUUUUCGCGGCUUGUUUGGAUGGAUCGUUUCACAAGUAUAUCUUUACUGCGGAUGGCAAAUGUGAUCAAGUGGCUUAUGAUGUUUUCACGGAUAUGUGGGAAGACUCCGCAUGGGACGCUCUUAGACGUUAAAAGCCAAGAUAGUUCCCCAGAAAUAUGGAACCAAUUUGUCAAACAACUAAUCAAUCAA